AUGGCUCUCCGUAGCCCAUCAACUUCCGGACGACUGUUUGCUCGCAUACAGCAUCAGCACCCAACUCUACACAGUAAAGCACACUAUUCAAAACCAACCAAUGCCGUUCGACAAUCUGUAAGCAUGGACUUGCCUCACCAUAGAUACUAUCCUCAACCGAUAUCUGCAAAGGCUCAGAUCCCACCGAUCGCUACUACGAAUACUACUCUUGCUCCAGCUGCUACGAUCUUGCCAACACUGCAGCAUCAACAACCAAUACCCGUAAAGCCAGUCAGUAAAUCAGUUGAUAGCAGCACCCAUAGGAGUAGUAAACCAUCAAACGCACCUCUCGAAUUCCCUUGUCUCGAGAAAAACGCAGAGAGAGAACGAUCGCUCGAUGGUGGUCCAGAACCCGAUUAUCAGAAUGUCGUGUCGGGUUACUCGCUGUAUCAUCAUAAUGCUCCCUUUUAUACCCAUCAUGGGGGUGUGUUGCCGGAAUUCCACUUGGCGUAUGAGACCUGGGGAAAACUGAAUGAGAAGAGGGAUAAUGUUAUAUUGGUACAUACAGGGUUGAGUGCGAGCUCGCAUGCCAAGUCGCAUGCAGGGAAUAUGAGUCCUGGGUGGUGGGAAAAGUUUAUUGGUCCAGGCCACGCACUAGACACCAAUAAAUUCUUUAUAAUCUGCACCAACGUACUCGGCGGCUGCUACGGCUCCACAGGUCCAGCCUCGAUAGACCCAUCAGACGGUGAACGCUACGCAACCCGCUUCCCGAUAGUAACCAUAUUCGACAUGGUCCGAGCCCAAUUCCGUCUCCUCGACCAUCUCGGAAUCGACAAGCUAUACGCGUCGGUAGGUGCCUCGAUGGGCGGCAUGCAGUCUCUCGCUGCAGGAGCCUUAUACCCCGACCGUGUAGGCCGCAUCGUAUCAAUAUCAGCCGCAGCACGAUCACACCCAUACUCGAUUGCACUCCGCCAUACACAGAGACAGGUGCUAAUGGCCGAUCCGCAUUGGAAUAAAGGCUUUUAUUAUAAUGGGAUUCCACCACAUGUAGGCAUGAAGCUGUCUAGACAGAUUGCGACAAUCACGUAUCGCAGUGGCCCGGAAUGGGAAAAGAGGUUUGGCAGACGUAGAUCUCGACCUGAUGAAGUGCCUGCCCUAUGUCCCGACUUUUUGAUUGAGACGUAUCUAGAUCAUCAGGGUGAACGGUGGUGUUUACAGUACGAUCCAAACUCGUUUCUCUAUAUAUCGAAAGCCAUGGAUUUAUUCGACAUGUCGGCUCCACUCCCGCUAGACCCAAAUAUACAACCCCACACACGUAAAUCACACACUAAGUCAACCGAUAAACAGUCAUGCUCCGUCCCAGCUGUAAACAUAUCAGACGAAUCAACCCACUACCAACCAACAAACCCACAGCAGGAUAUGAAACAACUCGUAGAUGGACUAUCACCAGCCAAGCAUAUCCCGACGCUUGUGUUGGGUGUGCAGUCUGACUUGCUGUUCCCGGUGUGGCAGCAGAGGGAGGUUGCGGAUGCGUUGAGACAGGGUGGGAAUGAUCACGUUACGUAUUAUGAGUUGGAUGCCAUGUAUGGACAUGAUACGUUCUUGAUUGAUUUGGUUGGAGUUGGUGGAGCUGUGAGUGGAGCAUUGGCUAUGAAGUGA